CCGGUUGCCACACUCAGAGCAGAGGAGACACACACAGCAAGCUAACGGCUACCUGACUAAAUGGUGUGUUUUUACAAACACGUCUUAAGUAGCAAAGUGCUCUUCUUUGGAAUGUGUGACUGGAAUUCCAGAAAACCUAUGAUUCAGUGUGUGUGACUCACUGUAAAAACCCUUGGUACACCAGCACACACACACACACACCGCACAUACCCACAGACACACACAUAAUCAGUACAUAUCUACCUCAGUAAGGAAAAACUAAGGAGGAAUGUCUGUGUGGUAGCAGGCAGGAAGGCAGUCCCCUUCAGCAAACACUCAGAUUCCUCAAGUGUUUCUUCCUAUAUUUCUCUCCUCUGCCUCACCAGUCCCAGGUUGUAAAUCUGUCUCUUCUCCCCCUUCCCCCUUUUCUCUCUCUCCCUUUCUCUCUCUCUGUCUGUUUCUCCACAGACCUCCAGGACUAGCAUUCUGAUGUCACAUUCCAGAAGUUUCUCAGCCGAGGUCCGGUCGUAGACCUCAGAAAGGCGCAGCAGACCCAGAGGCAGCCAGACGGGACUCUUCAUCAUCCUCAUCCUCUUCAUCACCAGAGGCAGAGAGCCAGAGAGCCAGAGCGUGGACUGAGGGGGAUCUGGACAGAGGUCUCUUUGUGGCUCUGCUGACCCUCUGAGUGGGCGUUGAUUUAGGCUGAAGGUUUUUCUCCUCCAGCUUCACCACAUAACUCUGCGAUCACUAAGAGAUCCUGCUGCCACUACUGACCCUCGCAGACAGACUGGUGUGGGACGGCUUCUGAAAGCAGGAAGCACUUCUCCCUCGUGGCGUAUCUCAGCGAGUAGCAGCCAAUCAAAUGCCUCAACUGGGACUACUUUCUCCGUGCUCCUACUAAAAAUAUAACGUUUCCGGUGACCAACGAGGAAGCAACUCCCGCACGCGGUGAAUUCUGGGAAACAGGAUGCCGGCCAAGACGCCCAUGUAUCUAAAGACUACAACUCCCAAGAGGGGCAAGAAGCCCAAGUUGCGCGACGUCCUGUCAGGUGACAUGAUCAGCCCUCCGCUGGGGGACGUGCGCCACAGCGCCCACGUGGGGCCGCAGGGCGAGGGGGACAUGUUUGGAGACGUAGGCUUCCUGCAGGGGAAGAUGGACAUGCUCCCGGCCUUAAACCGGCCGCAGGGCCACGCCCGCUCCCACAGCAUGGAGAGACACCUGGACGAGGCCUACACGGGGGCCAACGGCCAACACCACCCUUACGGCGGCCACCGCAACACCCACCACCACGCCAGCUCCACGCUGAAGACCACCAUCUCCAUGCCCAUGUUCCUCGCCCACGAACAGGCGCCGCCAAAGCCCCCACGCCUCCACUUAGACGACCCCGCCCCCGGGACCCACCCACAGGCCCCCGCACCCCAGCAGAACAACCACACCCACCACAACAACGGCCACACCCACAGCCAUGCCCACAGCCACCAUCACCACAUCCAGCAGCAGCUGCAGCAGCAGCCUCGUUCCAUGUCUGUGUGCGACGAGGGCCAGGGCCGCUACGUCGACCCCCGCCACGAGCUCUCCUACUCGGCCUCCUUCCGCCACCUGGUCCCCUCCUCCGGCUCGUUCUCCGAGGCCUCGUCGGAGGACUCCAUGUCGGAGACGUGCGGGCCCCUGGACCCCCGCAGGGGGCUGAGCCUGGACUCGGACGCGGGGCUGAGCAACGAGGACCUGCGGAGCGAACGCAGCGAGUCGCCAGCCGUCACGGGGGUCUCCCCGGGGCGCUUAUCUCCUGGGGUGUCCCGGUCCGAGUCCCUGGCCGGGCUGGAUCUGGACCUGGGACCCUCCAUCCUGGACGAUGUCCUGAGGAUCAUGGAUCGCUACAAAACUGUGGACGACUGCUGCGAGUUGUGAGACGCGGGAAGAGGUGGGAGGAUGAAGGAGGGGGAAUGGAAGAGACUCCAUCGUGCAACCAGGCGCUGUGAACACUUGACUUGGCUGCCCUCCUUGGGGCUGUGGCGUGUUGGGAUCGGGGUGGUCCACCUUGGCUAACUGACAGACAGAGACUGAAGACAUGGUCCACACUGGCUGUGACUGUUGGCCACUGACCUAAAUGGACUGAAUGACAAAACACUGCAGGUUGUCAACCAAUCAUCUUUGCUUCAAGGACAAAGCUUUUCUGAAUGUAUAGGCUUAUCUGUAGCCUGAUCAGUUAGCCUGUGUAAACCAAAAGAGAGACCACAAAAGAUGUAUUCUACUUCGGGUUUGUUUGUUUUGCAACUGUCAAAAUAUCGUUGGUGUUCUCCUUUGGAUGUUCUUCGAAGUGCUUAAUCAAAGUGCGUAGGUCUACAGUACAUCUGAUUGAAUUAUACAAUAUCCUUGCAAGAAAAACACUAUCAACAUUGGACUGUGUUAGAAUAUGCCGCCAUCUAGUGGUUAUGUUAUCAAAUGAGAUUAUUCUCCAAAGUAGAGAAAACAAGUAGCGACUUUUCCGAAGAUACGUGACAAUAAAGUGCAUACAGUAAACUCAAAGUAUGUUUAAUGCACAGCUUUGUAAUUGCCUCGUUGGAUGAUUUAAAUAAAUGAUCGGUCUUAAUGGCUGUGCAUCGACAUGAUAUUGGACCUUCCCUCCGUCAUCUUUAAUCAAUAUCACAGUAGCCUACCGUUCGAAUGUCAUGUAUGUCUGUCUGAAAAAAUAUGGACCAGUAAAUAAAAAGAUUUAUCAUUGAG